AUUUCCAUCACUUUUCUUCACUCCACUUUGGUUCUGCCACCUCUCAAAGCUUCUUUUCUUCACUCUCUCUCUAGUUAGUUUAUGUACAUUUCACAACACACAACACUACUUGAAAACUCGUAUACUUUCCCUCAUGGAACUUCGGCUACGUGUUUGUGUCUUGUUUUUUCUCUUUAGUUUCCUAUCGGGCUCACAAGCUUACACGUUCUACGUUGGUGGAAGAGAUGGGUGGGUUUUGUACCCUUCUGAGAAUUACAAUCACUGGGCUGAAAGGACGAGGUUCCAAGUCAGUGACACUUUGGUUUUUAAGUACAAGAAGGGUUCGGACACAGUGUUGGAGGUGAGCAAGGAGGAUUAUGAGAAGUGUAACAAGAAUAACCCGAUCAAGAAGUUUGAGGAUGGUGACUCGGAAUUUGAGUUUGAUCGAUCGGGUCCUUUUUACUUCAUCAGUGGGAAAGGUGAUAACUGUGAGAAGGGUCAGAAGUUGAUUAUUGUGGUGUUGGCUGUGAGAGAGCCACCCCCAUAUUCUCCAACACCUCCAAACACUCCCUAUGUUCCAAUUCCACCAAAAGCUCCUUCCCAUCCUCCUUAUGUUCCAAAACCUCCUCCAAAAACUCCUUAUCCACCUUAUGUUCCAAAGCCUCCUCAUACUCCUUAUGUUCCAACUCCUCCUCAAACUCCUUCCCCUGUUUAUAGUCCUCCCUAUGUUCCUCCAAAAGCACCCUCACCUAUUCAUUAUCCACCCUAUAUUCCAACACCUCCAAAAACUCCUUCUCCUACCUAUAGUCCUCCCAAUGUCCCUACUAUUCCUCCAAAAGCUCCUGCCCCUAAUAACCAUCCACCCUAUCUUCCUACACCUCCAAAAACACCUUCUCCUUCUUAUACUCCUCCAAAAACACCUUCUCCUUAUAGUCCUCCUAAUGUUCCAACACCUCCCAAAACACCCUCUCCUACUUAUACUCCUCCACAAGCUCCAUCCCCUAGUAACCACCCACCCUAUGUUCCAACACCUCCCAAAACACCCUCUCCUACUUAUACUCCUCCACAAGCUCCAUCCCCUAGUAACCACCCACCCUAUGUUCCAACACCUCCCAAAACACCCUCUCCUACUUAUACUCCUCCACAAGCUCCAUCCCCUAGUAACCACCCACCCUAUGUUCCAACGCCUCCCAAAACACCCUCUCCUACUCAUAGUCCUCCACAAGCUCCAUCCCCUAGUAGCCACCCACCCUAUGUUCCAACACCUCCUAAAACACCUUCUCCUUCUUAUACUCCUCCAAACACUCCCUCUCCUACUUCCCAACCUCCCUACAUCCCAAAAACCCCAACCCCAACCCACCAACCACCCUUGGGUCCAUCUCCAUUUUCUCAACCACCCUAUGUGCCAAAAACACCUUCCCCCAUUUCACAACCUCCAAUUUCUCAGCCCCCCAAUGUGCCAAAAACUCCUUCCCCAACAUCUCAACCACCCUACCCCAAUGCCCCAACUCCAAAACCCAAUUCCCCUAUUCCCCAACCCUCAUCAUCUCCAUCUCUGACACCUUCAGUUUCAACUCCACCCACUUACCCACCUUCUGCCCUCACUCCGGCGAAUGCUCCAUCGCCGCCCUCCCCGUCGCCGGCGGCCGCCACUCCUCCGGGGUCACUCCCGGCAGCGGCAACUCCCUCACCGUCGUCGGGAUCAUCUCAAACGCCGGCGUCGUCGUCGAACGAAACGACGCCGACCCGGCCAAGCGGCGCGUCGCAUGCAGCACCGUCGCAGUUAGGAGUGUAUACACUAACCAUUCUGGUUGGUGCUGCUCUAAGUACCAUCCUCGGUUAGAAAAAUGGAAUUUUUAGUAUUUUUUUUUUAAGUUGAGUUAUAUAUAUAAUUUGUGCACAUGAACAUUUUUACUUUGAUUUUUGUAAUGUUGUUAUAUGGACAUAUGAGAUCGCGUCUCAUGAUUAAUUUUAUGUAUAAUCCCUUUGUGUAUGUAUACUCUGUAAUGUGGGUUGCAGUUAGUUACCAUCGAAUUCUUUGGUUGCAUUGCAACUUAGUUUCCCAUCUUUUUGUUUCCUAAAAUGCUAACGGGAACAUGGGACAAUGAUCAUUGAAUAAAUAAAAAAAUUGUUCUCAUUUAUGUAA